AUGCUAAUUGCACGCAAGUAUAAUAGCUACACAAUAAAUGGGUUCAAAUUCCAUACACAGUCCUAUGACGAGAGAAGGCCUGUACAAAGUAGUGGAGUAGCUCUACUUGCAGAGACAACAUGCUUUGAAAGGGGCAAUAAAGAUAGCUUCAUAACAGGAAACAAGACAUAUUAUGGUAUUAUAAAGGAAAUUAUUGAACUGGACUAUCACCACAAAGGAUAUGUGGUGGUUUUCAAGUGUGAUUGGGUUGACAACCGUGUACAAGAUAAAUGGGUCAAAACUGAUCAAUUUGGUGUAACCACAGUCAAUUUCAAGCACUUAUUCAACACCGUUGUUCAAUCAAAACCAAGAGAUAUGUAUGACAUGGAUGAUAUUGCUGAGAAUGAGAACCUAAAUAAUAAUCAUUUUGUGGAACUGCCUGAUCUCCGUUCCAAUGUGACUGUAAAUGUUGUUGCCAGUGAUGUCCCUUGUGUUAGAACAGACAUAGAUGGAGGAAAAAUGCCAAGCGCAGCAAGAAACGGUAAUGAUAGCCUGCCCGCUGAGUAUGACAAGCAGAGGCUUGCAAACAUCGCUGCCAACAAAAGAAGGCUGGCAGCUCUUGAUAUACCGAGUAUGAACACUUCGGUGCAGCAGUGUCAACCCAACAAAAAAGCAAAGAAAAAUCAAUGGGCAAGUGAUGUUGCACGUGAACGUCCCAAUUUGCGGCCAAGGCCACAGAGAAAUAGUCAGGAGGAACAGGGCUGUGAAGAAGGUGCCAAUGAAGAAUUAACUGCUCCAAAUCUUAAUGAUGGAAUACAAGACAAGAGGAAUGGAAGGGGUAUCACUAGAAAGGAGAACAUAUUUUCAAGGACUCCUGAUAUGCCUAAACUCAAAAUUGAACUCAAUGACUAUGGUCAGCCUGUUGGAGAGAAUUCUAAGCAGUUUGCUAGUGUCGUUGGGUGUCAGGUGAGAAAGAAGCUACCACUCGGAUGUGAUGAUUGGAGGCUUGUUGAUCCAGAAAAGAAGUAUGAACUAUGGACUGACUUGCAGACAUUUUAUGAUCUGGACGAUUCCGCCUUCAAUUGGGUUAUUGCUACAGCAUCAACAAAAUGGAAGGAGUACAAGUCAACCUUAAAGGAGUUGUAUUUCGAUCCUACAUUAACUGAUGAUGAAUUACUAAGUAGGUGUGAUACAAGAGUCAACGAUGAUGAUUGGAAAUAUCUCAUUGACUAUUGGAGGUCUCCUGAACAUGAAGCUCGCACAUUAAUUGCUAAAGCCAAUCGUGCAAAGUUGAAGCUGACACAUACGUCGGGCAGCAAGAGCUAUGCUCGUUCUGGACAUGAACUGAGUGCUACACUAGGGCGCCCUCCUCGAAGAGAUGAGGUCUUUAUCAAAACACAUACACACAAAAAUGGUGUUCCUUCAAGCCAGGCAGCACCAAUAAUUGAGUAG